UGACCUUCGUCUCCUUCACACGACGACGAUCGCAGUCGACUGGGGUGGCACUGGUACUGGUGCCGUGCCGUGCCGUGGUGGUGGGUCGAGGACUCGAGGUGGAGUCGUCGCCUCGUCGGGUCUCACAGUCUCAACUCUCUCAGGUCUCAAGACUCAUCAGGAGAGGUUGCUUUCCGGGCGGAAAGGGAGGCGAGCGCGAGCCCCCUGUGAUCCCAAUUAAGCGCCCACCCGCGACGGCCCCAAAACGGCAAACCUCCCCACCCCGCCCGCCGCCUUGCCCGCCCGCGAUGCCACCCACGCCGCCGGAGACGGACACGGAGCCGGAGUUCGCCGAGGUCGACCCCACCGGCCGCUACGGGCGGUACACGGAGGUUCUUGGCAAGGGCGCCUUCAAGACGGUAUACAAGGCUUUUGAUCAACUUGAAGGGCUAGAAGUUGCUUGGAACCAGAUCAAAGUGGGAGAUUUACUUCGGAACAAUGAUGAUUUGGAGAGGCUGAGAUCAGAAGUGCGGUUGCUUAAAACCCUCAAGCAUAAAAACAUAAUAAAGUUCUACAAUUCAUGGCUUGACAGAAGAAACAACAAUAUAAAUUUCAUCACAGAGGUCUUCACAUCAGGGACGUUGCGCCAGUACCGGAUUAAGCACAAGAAGGUAGACAUUAGAGCUUUGAAGAAAUGGUCAAGGCAAAUCUUGAGUGGUCUUGUCUACUUGCACAGCCACGAUCCACCAGUAAUCCAUAGAGACUUAAAAUGUGACAAUAUAUUUGUGAAUGGAAACCAGGGUGAGGUAAAGAUUGGAGACCUUGGUUUAGCAACUAUCCUGGAUAAUGCACGUUCAGCUCAUAGCAUCAUUGGUACACCGGAAUUCAUGGCACCGGAGCUCUAUGACGAGGAAUAUAAUGAGCUUGUAGACAUCUAUGCUUUUGGGAUGUGUUUACUGGAGCUUGUUACAUUUGAGUACCCAUAUUGUGAAUGUUCGAAUGCAGCACAGAUAUACAAAAAAGUAUCUGAUGGUGAAAAGCCAGGUUCACUGGCUAAGAUUGAUGAUCCUGAAGUGAAGUUAUUUAUAGAGAAAUGCAUUGCUAAAGCCACUGAAAGACUUUCAGCAAAAGAACUCUUAAUGGAUCCUUUUCUCCUAGAUGUUAGUGAUGAAAAAAUAUUCUAUCCACUGCAUCCAAAUAUUAAUACAUCAGAUACUGGUAGUCCAAAACCAAGCUCUAGUUUCAGAUAUGACAGAGUAGCAUCAUCUGUGGGCCGCCAUGAUCGCUCAGGUAGCAUGUCAGAUUCACAUCCUUCUGAUAACUAUGUACAUGAUACCAUGGAUCCACAUGCUGCAAUUGGUCGAAGUAUCACAGUCGAGAGUCAACGGAAGGAUUUGAAUACAAUAUUUUUGAAGCUGCGGAUUGCUGAUUCAACAGGUCAUGCCCAGAACAUCCACUUCCCCUUUGAUAUUGAAGCGGACACUUCAAUCAGUGUUGCAACUGAGAUGGUUGUGCAGCUCGAUCUCACAGAUCAAGAUGUAACGGCAAUUGCAGAAAUGAUAGAUGCUGAAAUACGUUCACAUAUUCCUGAUUGGGCAGCAGAGGAAUCAAUUGACAAUCAAGGGGAUGAAGCUGCUCAUUCUGAGACCCAUAGUUCAGAAGGUGACGAGGGAACUUCGGAAUUGCGUGAUGAUGUUGAUGCCUCACAUAAUGGUUUUGUUCAAGAACAGCUUCCUUCUGGACGAAAGUACUGGUCGGAUUCACCCAGGAGAGACGGUGAAAUAUCUCAAUUGGUGGUGGAACCUGAAAUUGGUCAUAGUAUUGCCAAUGGAAUACCAAAGAGGAACAAAAUAGAUGGCACUGUGAGCUGUGCAAGAGAUAAGGAAGAUCAGUCCUUCGGCCCUUCCAUCCAUCCUGUUCGAGGCAUGUUUGGACGAAUAUCGUCAUCUGUGGACUUGUCAAACUCAUCUGUGGUCGACAGCAUGUCUAGGGAAGCUUCUGUUGGUAGCAGCCCUCGCUCUUUAGAUGAUGAGCGGGAGCACAAUUCUGAUUGCCAUCUGGUAGCAGAUGUCACUGAGAGGUUAAUAAACCUGUUGGCUCAGCAGCAAGAGGAGCUUAGUGCGCUGCAAAGGAAGCACAAGGCAGACAUAGAGGACAUGUUGAAAACUGUACCUGCACAGGCUCGGGAAGAGACCUUAACUCGAUGCCGCUUGAAGAUGGAACAGAAAAACAGAGCCAACAAACCUUAGCUAAACUGUUUCCUGUGCAUCUUCUCUGUGUGUUGUUAGAUUUAUACAUACUCACACCAAGGAGUUGUUUACAGCCCUUGUUGUGCAAAAGGGGAUCUCUGUUGUGCAAAAGUUAGUCUGAAGCCUUUUUCAUUGUUCUUUUUGAUAUAAUGGAGAAGCUGGAAGUGCUUGUCUGGAGGUCUUUGAAUUCACUGACCAAGCACUAUAGUAAUCAAAUAGUGUGGAGGUUUUUGACGGCAAGAUGAAGUUUCUGCUCACCAAAUGAAAUCUGCAGAUACUACUAUGCCGCUGUGUGCCUGAAUACAUAAGGAGUGCCUCCCUUUCUUUUUCUUUUUCUUUUUCUUUUUCUUUUUUCCUUUUGUACUUUGACUUGCCAAGGAUAUACAUGAGUGUUUGAGCUGUUCCAAACUUGCAAUGACAAGUGCAAUUAUUUUCUGGAUCACAUGGUUCCACAUAGUUCUUAGAGCUGUACCAUAUGUGCGCACAUACUUGAUAUAUAUUAUUAAAAAUACAGAGGGAAAGAUAGAUGUA